AUGCCUUCUUCAGAAAGAGAAGCCUCUCGCGAUGGCGAUAGACUUGCUCUUGUGCACAGAAGUUCUGCGCAUUCUAUAGGUUCAAUAGAUUCUGGACGUGCAAUUGUUCCAAUGUGGGAUAGUUCUGAUCCAGAACGUGCGCCUCCUCCACUUCCGAUGAAUCCAUCGUCGCCGAACGUUUCCUCGCGAGGAACGUCGGCAGCUAUCAAGUCCGCACAUGCAGCGCUUACUGAAAGAGCUCGCGAUAAUACCUAUAACAUAACCUUACCACCUCCGAAACGCCUCACAGAACCAUCUCCUGAACGUUUACUGAUCAAGGGCACUGCUCCCAAUCACAAACGAAUGCAAUCGCUACAGAAUGGCAAUGUUAGAGAUCUGAGUAGUUUCAUUGAGAGCGGAACUUUCGGUCCUUUGAAGCCUCCAGAGAAGUCAUCGACAAGACCUGCCACACCACACGCCAGCAAGGAUUUCGGAUUGGAAUCACCAGAGAAAUUUUCCGACCGGAUGUCAGAUAAGGAUUCCGUUCGAGCUACUACGCCCACCAAAAACCAAGCCGAAUCACCUAGAGAAAGACGGGACUCGAUGCAUGUAAGACCUUCACUGCGCCGGCCACCGCACAGUAGUAUGUUUGGCGAGAAUACUCCUCCUCAGUCUGCCACAAUGCAGGCUCUUCACAAUAUGACGACCAAGGAGACAGAUCCACCUCUGGCUAACGUCACCAAUGGCUCUACUGCUUAUUCACGACAACCCCAAACAUUCGAUGCCAUCUCAAAUCAAAUUCUUAGUCUCACCAGUAUUUGUACUAGUCUUCAGAGGGAAAUGGCGCAACUGAGUAGAAGAAGUAAGGAUAACGCGACAGAUCUAGUCAGCCUUAAAGAAGCGACAAAUGCCAGGGAUGAAGAUAUACGAAAGAGUCUCCGAGAAUUAGUGACUGGUCUAUCCGAUGCUGGAUCUGAGCGUACAUUAUAUGGAGGCAACAAUCAUUUCGCAGAGAGCAAAGGACGUGCAUCACCAUCCUCAUCACGAAACUCAAAAGGAUUUUCCCUUCCUCGGAUCCCUAGCCCCAACAGUUUCGCUGCUUCGUUAGAUCGAGAAACGUUAUUAUCAACUCCUUUCACGAGAGAACAGAGCCGAGAACAUAGUAGCGACGCUGUUCCACAUGCUGCUACUGUGGCUUUACUCGAGAAGAUACUUCGAGAAAUGGGCACGAAGGAAGGACAGGAAUUAUUAAUAUCUCGACUUACGGAAAUAGCUGCACAACUCGGUCGAGAAGGGAUGUCGACAGCCAAAAAGCUAGAGGAGCUAGUGGAGUUCAUCAAAAAGAACACUGAGAUUUCUCAAGCUCUCAUUGCCCAUCACCAAAAAAAUGGUGAAGGAGAGACCAGAGGACGUAAAUAUAGCUUUGAGGAGGAUGCGCCUAGACUAGAACUAGAUUUUGACAGGCCACCUUCUGUCGCGCAAAGAUUAGAGGCUCUUGUUGCCAAUGGAGCAGAUAGGGAGAGGCGUAAGUCCCAAGGACCCAGUCGCUCAGGUGAAAUACUGAGCGAAGAUGUCCUUCAAGUUAUACGAAGUCUUAAGGAUAGCGUCGCUCAAGGAGGUGGGCUUACCGCUGAAGUCAAGGCAUUGGUCCGAGAACUCCGUGGUGAGGUUUUGGGUAUGGGAAGAGAGAUUGGGAGGAAACUAGACCAGGCCAGUAAAGAUGGAGUUUCCAAUGGUGCCGAUGUCACUGGUGUUAUUCAAAAUGGUCUGGAGGAAUUGAAAGAGCAUAUGAACCAACUAAUUCGGGAAAGUCGUCGACAAAAUUCGGCCUCUGCUGCCACGCAAAAGAUCGACUACAAAGAAGUCUAUAGCGUGGUACGGUCAGCAGUAACGGAAAAAUCUGAAUCGAAAGAAGAUAUCAUCGAUGCAGUCAGGGAAGCGUGGGAAAAUUAUAAACCCGACAUCGAGUUGCAACAUUUUGGUCUCGAGAGAGAAGAACUUUUGGCAUGCUUAAAAGAAGGUAUCCAAGAGUUUGCGCCUCAAAACGAACCAGGAGCAACGAGGGAUGAAGUCUUUGCUGCAGUCAUCGAAGGAUUGAAGCAUUUUACUCCACCUCGAGUCGACUCUGAAUCUCUUUCUAGAGACGAAAUUCUCGAUGCAGUUCGUGAGUGCCUUGAAGAGUUUGAGUUUCCCGCUGCACCAAUGCCGGAGCCUCGUGAACCUGAAAUUACCAGGGACGAUAUGCUUAAUGCUGUCGCUGAAGGCCUUCGAACCUUUGACUUCUCUGCAAACCCAACGGCACUAAGUGCGGAGGUUCUCCAAGGAUUCACGCAAACUGAAAUGAUUCAAGCUGUUAGGGAAGGUCUCAAAGAGUUUGACUUUGCUGCUCUUGAUCGCGACAAUGAUGGCAUCACACGGGCCGAUGUGGUGACGGCUAUUAGGGAAGGACUUCAAUCAUUUGGCCUUGCCAAUCAGAAUCGUGAGAUUGACGGAGGUGUUACCCGAGAUGAUGUGGUGGGCGCAGUCAUUGAAAGCCUACAUACAUUUGACUUUUCCGCCAACAUGCCUCAUCACAAUGAAGAAGCCAUUACUCGCAACGACAUGUUUGAAGCUGUAAGAGCAGGUCUUGAAAGUUAUGAAUUCCCCACUUUAAGUAGAGAGGUGGGAGAAAGUAUUACACGUGCAGACGUCUUCGAUGCCGUGAAAGAAAGCCUUCACAACUUUAACUUUAGUGCACUACUCCCAGCAUCUGACCCGGAUGAAAGCGAAACGGGAAUUUCUCGCGAGGAUGUCUUUGAGGCUGUUAAGGAUGGGUUACAAACAUUUGAUUUCGCCCUUACACGUGAUGUUGGUGGCAACACUGGCAUUAACAGGGAUGACAUCUUUGAUGCUGUAAAAGAGGGUCUUCAUACCUUCGAUUCUGCUCUGACUAGGGACGUUAAUGGAAGCGGUAGCCUUACACGUAAUGAUGUGAUGGAUGCUGUCAAGGACGUUUUGACCACCUUUGAUUCCGCUCUUACCCGCGGAAAUACCGAAAUUGGUGCAACUCGUGCCGAAAUUGUUGAUGCAAUGCAGGAAGUUAUGACCAAGUUCCAUGGCUCUACUAUAACUCAAGGCCCAAGCCAAGGCAUCACUCGUGAAGAUGUUGUUGAUGCUGUACAAGAGGUUUUGCAAGGGUUCAAUUCAGCAUUGGCCAAAAAAGUUGGAGGUCAUGCAACCCGUGAUGAGGUUCUUGAAGCGAUCAAAGUUGGUCUCAAAUCACAGGAAUCUACGGGAGGCAUUACCCGGAAUGACGUUCACGAAGUCAUCAAAGAAAAUCUGCAAGGCCAUCAUACUGAAAAUGGCCUAACUCGGGAUGAAGUUGUGGAUGCUGUUCAAGAGGUCUUGAGAUCAUUUGAUUCCGCAUUAAUUAGAGAGGCUUCCCCCAAAGUUACACGAGACGACAUUCUUGGAGCUGUGAAAGAAGGACUUCAAGCACACACAUCUAACGUCACUCGCGAUGAAAUUCUCCAGACAAUCAAGGACGGCCUUCAAUCGAGAGAACUGGCAUCGGCUCGGGAGGAUGUUGAUUCUAUCACUCGGGAAGAUGUUUUCGAUGCUGUGAAGAACGGAUUUGAGAUCCACGACAUUGGUGGAAGUGUUACCCGGGAUGAUAUUCUUGAAGCAGUUAAAAAGGCCAGUUUCACACGCGAAGAUAUACUUGAUGCAGUUAAAGAUGGCCUUCAAACCUUUGAUUCAGCAUUAACUAGAGGUGUCACUCCAACAUGCACGAAGGCAGAUGUGUUCGAGGCCGUACGAGUUGGUCUACAAUCUCAAAGAUUUCCUUCAUCGGUCACACGCGAGGACGUUGUUGAAGCCGUUACGGAUGGUCUUCAGACUUUCAACUCAGCCAUUGUUAGCGUUAGAGAAGCAAAUGCUAGCAAAGGAGAUGUCUUUGACGCUGUCAAGGAAGGCUUCGAAACGUUCAAUAACGCUCUUACCCUUGACAUACCCGUGGGUGUCAGCCGUGAUGACGUCUUGGAUGCAGUGAAGGAGGGACUACAAACUUUUGACUCGGCGCUCACUCGGGGAAAUGAUGUCAAGGUUAACCGAGAAGAUAUGCUCGGGGCUGUCAAAGAAGGGCUUGAGAAUUUUGAUUUUACCGCUGCUAAGGCAUCCACGGCAUUAACCCGAGAAGUUACAGAAACCAUUACCCGUGAUGAAGUUAUCCAAGCCGUAAAAGCAGGAUUGGGAAACCCACCUCAGUCCGAUGACAAUUUCACAGCCCAAGUUUCUGCACGUAUACAUGAAAUCAUGGAAUCUAUGCGAAACGAGUUCAAGGCAGUGUCGGAUGAAGCUAAGCAAAAUGCUGCUGCGAAUGGACGAGACACUGAGAAACUCCUUGAUGCAACUAAAGAUGGAUUUGAGAAACUCCGCUCUGAUAUUGAGGCUUAUGUUGAUCGAGCCUCGGACGUCACAGGUAAAGAUGAGAUUCUUGAAAACAUGCGAGAUAACUUCGCUACGCUUCGUUCCGAGGUGGAGGAACUUAUCUCCAAAAGCUCAACUAGUGGCUUUGAGAAAGUUAAUGGAGAGCUUGAACAUCUUCGAGGAUCAAUAGCGUCGUCAUUAAUUCGAUCAGGAGCAAGCGAUGGCAAGGAUGAGAUUCUUGACGCCUUAAAGGAAGGUUUCGAUGGCAUCAAAGCCAACAUGGAAGCCUCGCGGUCACGAGAGGACGAGGAAGAUAGUAUGCCAGGCACUGGAGAGAUCAUUGACGCACUACAGGAUGGCUUCACUGUCCUGAAAACCGAAAUUGAAAAGGUUGCACAGACAAACCUGCUGAUACGACUGUCAAUCAUGAGAUCCUGA